GGCGAGAGUAAUAGCAGCACCAGUACACCAGUAGACAUGUUGACACCCUCCCGGCGAGAAGCGUCGUACGGGGGCUCUCUAUAAGCCCCAAUAUCAGUAGUGUGGACAUCACUAUAUUGAUGCUCAAUUGGGACCUCCUUACUUGACACCAUUAUUUUUCCAUAGAAGACCAAAAUGUCCCUUUGGAAUAGAGCUCAACAGUUGCCUCCAGAUGCCCUCCGUGAGGUACAAAAUGUAUAUGGUGAACAGUUCCCCAUUGAGGUGCGACACUACCUUGCAGGAUGGAUUGAAGACAAAAUGCACCAAUGGAAUGAGAUCGACCCAGAGAAUAUGUCACAUAGCCAAUAUGCUCACUCCCUCGUGUCUCAGCUCAUCCAGGAGAUUGAGAACAAAGCACUCAAUUAUGGCAGCAAUGAGGAUCUUUUCUUGGUCCGAAUACGUCUUGAUGAAGCUGCUAACAUGUUCAAGACUCGUUACCUGAGUAGCAACCCACUGAUACUAGUGGGCAUCAUCCAGAACUGCCUCAAGACUGAGCUGCAGUUAGUCCAGCGACACGAAAAUAUGCUUGGUGCUCCACAAAACAACAUGGUGAUAGAACCGUGUGCUGAGAUAGUCAAUGAGCUGGACAUCUUGCAUCGCCGCACGCGAGAAACGGCCGACAUACUGAGGCAGUUGGAGCAGGAGCAGGAGUCCUUUGCCCUUCAGUACCAUGACUGUACAAAAAUUAAUGCUCACCUUUCACACAUUCAAAGUCAGGAAAAAACUCCACAAAACCGAGAGAUGGAAACCAACCUGAGAAGAAGAAAGCAGUUAGGUGAACAGCAACUCACAGAGAAGUAUCUAAUGAAGGACAGUCUUCAGGUGUCAGGAUUGCUGCAGAGGAGAAUGGACUUGGCAGAGAAGCACAAAGGAACCAUUGACAGGCUAAAUAUCCUGCAACAACGUAUACUCGACGAAGAACUUAUCAACUGGAAGAGAGAACAGCAGAUGGCAGGCAAUGGGAAACCCUUCAAUGGAAACAAACUAGACACCAUACAAGAGUGGUGUGAAGCUUUGGCGGAAAUUAUAUGGCUGAACCGGCACCAGAUCAAGGAGUGUGAGCGUCACCAGACCAAGAUACCAAUAACCCCUCAUGGCGGAGUGGACAUGUUGCCCACCCUCAACUCACACAUCACCCGCCUGCUGUCCUCACUCGUCACCAGCACAUUUAUCAUUGAAAAGCAACCUCCACAAGUCAUGAAGACAAACACCAGAUUCUCUGCCACGGUCAGACUGUUAGUGGGGGGUAAGCUUAAUGUGAACAUGACCCCACCUCAAGUAAGAGUGUCUAUCAUCAGUGAAGCACAGGCCAAUGCACUGCUAAAAAAUGACCAGAUGAGCAAAGGCGAGAUGUCAGGAGAAAUUCUCAACAAUACCGGUACCAUGGAGUAUCACCAGAGCUCAAGACAACUCUCUGUAAGCUUCCGCAACAUGCAGCUUCGAAAAAUUAAAAGGGCUGAGAAAAAAGGAACAGAAUCAGUAAUGGACGAGAAGUUUUCCCUCCUCUUCCAGUCACAGUUCAGUGUUGGUGGUGGUGAACUGGUUUUCCAAGUGUGGACUCUAUCGUUGCCUGUUGUGGUGAUUGUUCACGGCAAUCAGGAGCCCCAUGCCUGGGCAACGGUGUCCUGGGAUAAUGCAUUUGCUGAGCAGGGUCGCAUACCAUUUACAGUACCUGACAAGGUGCCUUGGCCACAAGUUGCUGACAUGCUGGAUGCUAAGUUCAAGUCUGCCACAGGACGAGGAUUGACAGAAGAUAAUCUAAGGUUUUUGGCUGGGAAGGCCUUCAGAUUGGACAGGAGUCCCCAAUUACAAGAUUUCACAAAUAUGAUGCUGUCCUGGUCACAGUUCUGCAAGGAGCCUCUAUCAGAACGCAACUUUACAUUUUGGGAAUGGUUCUUUGCUGUCAUGAAGGUGACCAAGGAACACCUGCGUCAGCCCUGGAACGAUGGCUCCAUCAUGGGCUUUGUGGGGCGGCGACCUGCUGAAGAAAUGUUGAAAAAUUCCAAGUCUGGCACUUUUCUCCUGCGAUUCUCUGACUCAGAACUUGGAGGAGUCACAAUUGCAUGGAUGUAUGAAGACACUAGUAAAGCUGGUGAUCAGAGGGACGUGUUCAUGUUGCAGCCCUUCACCAGUAAAUCCUUUGCCAUCCGUCCAUUGGCUGAUGUGAUUGCAGACUUGAAGUACCUCCUCUACCUAUACCCAAAUAUCCCUAAAGAGCAGGUGUUUGGCAAGUACUAUACUCCCAUAGGGGAGCAUCCCACCAACAAUGGUUAUGUAAAGCCUCACCUCAUUACCCAUGUCCCAGGGUGGCCAGGACGUGGCUCAACAGAAUCUUACCCCAAUACUCCACAACCCAUGUACCCCAUGCAUGACUCAAGCCUAGGUGACCCUCCCUCUGUCAGCUCCAAUCCUUCGGACUGUGUUUCCACUGACCAAAAGCCUUCGUUGGAUUCUCCUUUAUUUGACGCAGCCAAUGUCCUCUCAGACUUCCCAAUGCCUCCCUACAACGAUACUGAUUAUCCUGACAUCCUGGAAAACCUGCCUGACCCAGACUUCACUAACUUCAGCCUCGACUUCCUCCAUACCAACUUUAUGAAGCAACAGUAAAGUUAGAACCAUCCCUCUUUGACGUAUAAUUUCUCUAAAUUUUAUAUUGAUGUUAUAUUAUUUGGGAAUGUGACAGGCAUUGAUUUUGUUCUUGCUUAUAAUUUGUUUAUAGUGAAAAUUAACAUUGCUUGAUUCACAUCACCCUCAGUAAAAGAAAUUAUUUGAUAGUACAUGAAUCCUUUUCUAGAUUGAUUAUUGUUAAUUCUUUUGAGUAUUUAUAUUGAGAGGAUUGUUCUAAUAACUAUUUUAGUGGACAUCAAGCUUUAUAGAUCCAAGUCACAACUAUAUUUUACAAUGAGACUAGAGAGAAGUAGCAUUUAUCUUUGUAAAUUUUUUCAUGUAUUUAGGUGAACAUACAUAAUAGAAUGGAGUGAUUUGACAAGGAGGACAUGCAAAGGUUGAAUGGAUGCCGUAAGUGUGAAAUGGGAGGACAGUGUUGAGAUAUUUGAAAAGUGAAGGCUUAUGAAGUUGAGAGGAAUGGAGUGUUUGUGAGUGGAUUGUAUGAACGGAAGCAAACAGAAGGUGUUUUGUUAUGGUUGUUCCCAAAGGAAAAGAUGUUCAAGUAGAUUAGAUUAGAUUAGAUAUUUCCAUUGUGAAAAGUGUGGUGUUUGCCUCUACCCAAAAGGCUUCCAGGCAUAGGAUGAUCUUUUCUGAGUAUUUCCAUUAACCUUCAUCUGCUUCUGAACUAGACCUCCUUUUAUCAUUCUUUCCUCUUACUUCUCUGUAUGUUCAGAUCAUAUGAGUUAUUUUGCUUGAUGCAUUGCUUCUUCAGUUUUUGAAGCUGUUGAGUGAUAUUUUAUCAGUUUUACUUUCUUUUUUUGAUGCCAUUCUGCUUGAAGAUCAUAAUCAAGCUUGUAGAGCAGAUACAGAUGCAUUGCUGAAACUCCUCUCACUUUCUUGCAGUACUCUCUCUGAUAUUGCUGAAGAUCUCUUGGUCAUGUUGCUGAAAUUUGUUUUUAGCUCUCAGAAAAGAUGCCCAAAGAACAAUAUUAUUAUAAAGUGUUAUUCUAUUGUUUUGAUGCUUCUGUUUGUGUUUAAAGCUUCUUCUUGCAAUUCCAUUUUUUUUAAAGAUUACUUGAUGUUAUUGAUCUUGAUUUUCAUAUUAAUGCCAAGUAGCUCAACCUUUUUUCUUGACAGGGUUGUAAAGCUUUGAUAGUGAGAGAUGCAUUUCUUGUGGCAGCUGUGAUGUUCAGAUUUUUACCUUGUUGACCUUCAAGAGACAUAAUCCACUUCAAUUAGUCACAAAGGACACUUCAUAAGUCUUAGUCUUUACAUCUCUGCUUUCCAUCAAGGUAUAAGGAGCUGCUACGAUUCUUUAAUUUUAUGAACUGCUUAUACUGCCUCCCAGCGAUGGCUCCACUUGGAGUCUGUACCAUUGACUUCCAAUCUGAGUGUGUGUUGUACUCAGUGCCUCCAACACGUAGGAACACUGGCUUAACAUAUUCCCAAAAUAUAUAUUACCCAGACAACUUUAGACAACUAUGGGAUGGCUGACUUUGAUGGUUUGAGGAGAUAUUUUGAGUUUUUAUUUACAAGAGAAAUGUGGGGAGUUUUUAAGGUUUACUGAGUGUAAGUAAAGAAUGGAAAGAAUAAAAAAAGAGAAGGAAUUAUUUUAGCAAUAGAUGCCAAGCAGUAUGCCAGUGCUUUCAAGAGUUUCACUUCUGUAUAUCAAGGAUUAGGUAUCUUUCUUAUAUAUAACUCCAAUACUUGGUUGAAAUCCCUUUUGAGGAUGCAAUAGUCAAAACAAUGCAGGAACAAAUUUAGAGGAGGGAGACCCAUUCCCCUCACUCCGUCCCUUUGCCUUCGAGGAUGUUGGGAAUACAUUAACAGUAUUCUUCCAGCUCAGUCUCAAUGUGAGUGGGCCACCCAAAUCUCCCUGUCAUGGGGGAAUUUUUAUAUAUCAGAUCCAUUCCUUCCAAAUGCACUCAAACUCAAUCUUCAUUCAUCUUCCCUGUUCAUCUUUACUGCUGCACAGUACAAGUAGAGCCAGCUUUAGUAGAUGUAGCUUGGCAGGAUAUACUCGUGCAUUCUUGGAAACAGACAACACAUGGAUGAAGACAACUUGAUGAGGAGAGAGAGAGAGAGAGAGUUAAAAAAGAAAUGUUGUGAUUAAAUUUAUAGGAUUAUAUGUCACCAUAAAAGUACAAUUAUAGGAUAAUUGGAAAAACGUAGUGAUUGUCGAUGAAUAUAAAAUAGCUCUUUGAUUACUGUGUGAAUAAAUGGAGGGAACUUGUAUUCUCCAGAUAUAUUGAAGACAAAGUAAUGACACAGUGAUGUAUCUUCUUGCUGAGAGUGAUAGAGAUAGUAUGAUUGGUGGCAGUGAAUAUUGUGCACUACAUUAGAUGUUAGAGAGAGUAAACAAUACAAGACUGGAGUAACAAGGUGUCUGUUAACCAUAUAGGGAGAGUGAGAGAGAGAUGCAGUGAAUGAGAUUAGAAAGAGUGCAGUUAAUCAUGAACAGUAGGAAAAUAAGAAAGCAAUAGUACACAGCACCAAAGUCCAGGUGAUGAGGUGACACAGAGGGAGGUCUUACUUGAUGGAAAUAUUGAUGCUUAGAAUAGGUUUGAAAGGUUUUAAGUGAACUUUGGCAAUGAUGAGCCUUGCUGAAGAUCUGCAUGUUACGUUAAACUGGAUGAAUGCGGCUUAACACGUGUACACACACACACACACACACACACACACACACACACACACACACACACACACA